ACUGAGCGUGCUCACUGGAGAGAGGCCCUUGUGUCCCCGGCUGUCAACCUAAGCUGCCUUCUAAGAGUACAGGGGUGCGGGGAGCAACACCCAAAGCCUUUGAUCUCCACCAUAUUUUUCUUUACAGAGUCCCAAUGUGCUGAGCCUAUGAACUUGCCCGCUUGGGCUGACAUUGGACUGUGCGUUUGCUUAUUUCCCCCCAUUAGAAUAACAGGGAGAGAACAAGGGUGGGGGAAUCUGCUUUCCUCCACCGCGUCCUUGCUCAUUUCCAUUUCUCCCGGUUGCUAUGGGGACCAAGGAUAUUACCUUCAACAGACACCGUUUGUUUUUCUUUUUUUUGGUGCGCCAAAAGCCUUUCCGAUCCAGCCGGCACCUGUAGACCCCACCUCAUUAUGCAGCUGCCUCCGCGCUGCCAGGCCUAAAAGUUUCAAUCAUUUCAGCUCCAUCCCUCUCUGUUGCUGGGCUCCCCAGCCUGCCGGAGCGGCCGUGAUCCAGACCCCGGCGCUCCAGGCUCUGAGCGGAAAUCUACAACAAGAAAGUCAGAAUUUCCAGUGUGGGAGGAAAAAACCCUUUGAAAUUGACACAAACUUCCCAGAUGGGAAGGAGAGGGACGGUCCCUGCUGAAUCAGAGAAACAGCCCCCUUUGAAACAAGGAGGGCUCCAUUCUCCAGACGCCAAAACCCUCACACAAAUUAAUAAAAUACAAUCCACAGCCUCUGAUAUUAAUCAGAGCUGGGAAUAAUCCACCCUGAGGAGGGAUCAGGGUAGGAGGCAGAUUGAAUCCGGAUUAGAGCCGCCUCCUUCAGCUCAGAUGUAGAAGGAGCUCUCAGCUCCUGUGCUUGUCACCUGGAGCUCGGCCAGCACGGGAUGAAGCUCAUGGGCCCGAUUCUGAGCGCAUACUGGGCUAAAAUUGGGAGCAUGUCCCUGGAACUGCGGGAAGCUCUACUGGUUCACAUGGCGUGAGAGUGAGAGCUGCUCCCUGCUGUACAAAUGCAGCAUUUGUCCCCCUCCCUCUGGCUGCAACUGUGUCUGUGUAAAGGGACUAACUUCAACCCUGGAGUAAGUCAAGCCCACUGUAUUGUAUGAGUGGGGAAAACUGACUGUCAAAAUCUGUGAAGCCACCACCGUGUUCUCCUGGGACUCUCCACUGCUGUGAGGCCUGCAAAGCACUGACCGCUGUCAGUGCCUCAGCUGAGACAAACGCUUCGUAUGCAAACAGCGCUGGUUUUACUCCGAUCUCGUCCUCUCUGCCCAGUUGCUUCUUUCUUCACCCUCUCGUCAUGAGCCCAGACGGCAUGCACGCUAGGGCGGGGACUCUUUGAUCGGUUGGCACAGCACCACGCACAACGAAUCUCCACCCCUCAGUGGGCGCGUUUAGCUGCUACUGUAAUACCCAUUGUGUAAACACCCUGAGCACACGGCAAACCGUUUGCAGGUACCCAGAGGAGAUUGUUCUCUGCCAAGACAGGCUGGCAAAUCCAUGCAGCCACCAGUGCCAGAGUCUGAAGCUCCUUUGGGUGACAGUCUGCUCGUCUCUUUCACCAGCAGCACCCAAACCUCUUUCUGCCACAUUACUUCUGUCACAGACUGUCCCUGACCCAUGGGCUUCAGUGGGUCUGAUGCCGAAUCAUUGUGAAUGAGCAUCAGCUCUCUGCAUUAACAGCCAAACCCUCCUCCUCGCUCCGUCCAACUACCACAGUCAGCAAUGGGGGGAAAGUGAGUAAGAACCUGCGUCUCUAUCUCUACGAACCUGCUCAUCCCACACAGUGCUGAUCACCUCUUGGAGCUGAUUAAGUUAAUAGGCGCUGUGGCUGUUCAGCACUUCGCAGGAUCAGAGCCCUUAGAGAGGAGAUCGGUGAAGGCAAUUUCCCGACCUUUAUUGACAUGCAAAUCAUCAGCACUAAAGGCAGCUCGCAGGAUUAAUAUAUUUCCAAAUUGCCUGGCAUGGAGUCACAUUAGUCAAGUAUAUGUGGCAGUCAGUCCAAAAUGUCUAGUUAUUAUACCGUCAGCAAUUCUGUGCUAGUUUCAAGGGCAGCCCAGAACCAAAUGCUCAGGGAAAGUCACUUGGGCGUUCAUUCGGUUAAGGCCCGUUUGAGGCAGAGUCCCCAGUGACCUAGUUUUCUGAGCCGCACGAAAGUGACGACAAACGCCGUAGCGAAAUGCUGGGCAAAAGCAUUUGUCAAACCCAGACAUUUUGGGGGAGGCGCGUACAAUGUCUGAGAAACACCCACUUUCUGACCCUGGGAAGCUAGCAGAAUUGGGGAGCUUCCUGGGCAAAGUGAGUUUUGAAAUUUUAACAUUUUUCACUUCAAAACAAAUUCCCGAGUGCGAACAGGGUCUCUCGUUCAAACACAAGGGCCGGCUGUCAGGCAAAACACUGACAUCUCAGUGGUGCUUCUCCCCACAACCUGCAGCUUGAAAGCUGCGAAGUUCCAUCUGUCAAGGUUUUGAAUCAGAUUAGACUUUUCAUGCCCCUUUGGGUACGUCUACACUGCAGUGUAAACCCAAGUCGGUGGGACCCAGGGUUGUGGACUCAGUGAUUCCAAGCCUGAACUUGAGUGUCCACACUGCCUUGUAAGCCUGGGUUUACAGUUGCAGGAUCCAGCUCUCAUGACCAUACUAACGCCUCCACACCGCACUAGGCAGACCCUGCGACGCAGGUCUGCAACCUGAGCUGUGCCAUGCCAACACUGCAGAAUGCCAGGGCAUGGGCCUAAGUCACAGCAGGACUUGGGCUCUGACCCACCCCCCUAUCAGUAUCCUAAAACCCAGGUUCCAAAUGCUUGUUGACCUGAGUCCGAUUGAUUUGUGGGUGGAUGGAAGAGGAACUUGGGUUCCAACCGGAGUCAGAACCUGGGGUUAGUGUGCAGUGUAGACAUACCCUUUGAGGCUUAUUGGCUUUUGAGCACUUGCCAAACCAGCAGCAGCCUGCAGCCAACCGGCAAACCGGGCUGACAGCAAGCGCAAGAAAUAAAGGGAGUCUCGUCCACCCCACUUGGGACUUCCUGUUCCAUUCUCUCAAGCUCUGCUGAAGGGGAUCUAUCCUUAGACAGAUGUUCCAGUGUGGCUUUGUCACUUGGGAUCUGCUACAUGAAACAAGCCCAGCUUCCUGAUGUUAAAAUUGGAAGUCACUGAAUGUUCUGUACAUGUGUGCUGUGAUUACACAGCAUGCAGCUCCAGCCCGGCUUUUGAAGUUCCCUUUUUGUUCAUUUAUUCCCAGUGUUACAAACCAAUCUGCUACAAAACCUUGCUUUGGGCAUUUAUUAAGAGAGCCAACAAAGACCUCUGUUUCUGUCUCAUCCUCAUCAGAGCUUUGCUCCCUAGCCACAUAUGCAUGGAUGUGUUUUGCUUUUGUAUUUCUUUGGCAUUUGUACUGAGAGCAACACACUUUGUCAAAAUCGUUGUUUUCAUUGCAUGCAAGGCACAGCACUCUUGGUACUGGGUGUCUUUGCAUUGUGCUGUAAUUGUCUCCAUGUACAGCCAACAAAUCUGGCCUCUGCCUUUUAUUUACCUUUGUCCUGUCUUGCUUACCAAUGCUUUUAUCUGGGAAGCGCCGUUUUCACUAGCCUGCCAAAUAUUCACUAUACUUUGUGAUGUCAACGCCAUUUCUCACAAUAACCUUCCUCUGACCUGGUCAUCAGCUACAUACUGCAGAUAAUUUGGUCUCUCCUUAGACCAUCUUCUACCUGUUCAAAAUCACAUGACUUAGCUUUGGUAUGUAGAUCUCUAACUGCAGUCAAUGGUGUCUCUGGCAGCUGGAUUCUUGCCAAGAAAAUGUGCUUUUCCCAAGUUUUAUUCUGACAUCAUAGUAUCCUGGACAGUUCUGAAUGACUUUGCCUGCUCAUUUGCAAUUCCCUUCACCCUAGCACUGGGCUGCAUCGUAGCCCUCCAAAGCCUCCAGGCCUGGAUUUCACCCUCUGCAACCCUGAGAAAGUCAAGGGGCAUAACAUCCUCCAUUUUUGCAAAGAUUUAAUUUCCUUCAACACCACGUAAUAAAAGUGGUGUUGAAGGAAACCCAGGGGAGCCUAUAAGAGAUAGCUGCUUUAGUUCCUGAUACAGGCUAGGGUUAUGAAAGAUUAACACCAUCACAAAAUUGAUUCUAGUGGCAAAACCGCACAAGCUUUUACCUAACAGAUACACUUACAAUAUAACAGUAAUGACAGCUCAUCAGGAAGAGGUUUCAAAUAUGCUCAUUGCAAACAGCAUCAAAGCAACUUUCAACCAAUGCUAACAGUCCCCCAGGCUAUUCUGGUGUCCUUCCUUCAGACUUAAACUCUGUUUUUCAUGCUCACAGCAUCUAAAUGCAGAAAUGCAGACCAAGUCCAAAGGGGAAAAAAUGGCAAUAUUUCUUACAGGAAGAAAAAAAGCAGAAUGAAUUACUGCCAUCUAGUGGCUGCAAAGGACAUUUCCUCCUUUGGAUGAACAUGGUACUGAGACAGGGUAGAAAGAACAAAACGCUCCACCAUGUAAAACUCCAUUGCUGACUAUGAGAAUAAUGAUCAAGCCUUUACAAUUCUGUUAAUGGGAUAUGGUCUUAAUGUUUCUAGUCUAUGCAUCUGUAAUGAUAUGACUGUCUGACACGAGCAACAGAGCAUGAUUUCUAGUGCAGAGUCAUCAUGGGAGUCAAUGGUAAAAUUCAAACAUUCUGAACGUCCGCACCCGCUUUUGGCUACUUCCUGUCUAUAGAACCUGAGUAAAGGCCCUGCAAGGAAAGUAACCUCUGGGCUACAUAAAUGUACAAACAUACAGCCCUAGACAAUGAAGUGUAAUGUUAUUUUCAAUGAACUGGAGAGCGUGCAUGCGUAUCUCAUGGCCUUCUGAAUCAGAACAGUUCAAAAGCAUCUUAGGCCCUAUACUGCUAAUGGUGAGCCUCCUUUAGCUCAUGUCAUAGUGGCCUGGGCGUCUGAAAUUCUUUCCCUGCUACCCCUUGUGAAGCUGUGAAUAAUGACGGUGUGCAACCUACCAACAACUGCAGUGCUUAAGCUGCCACGGAUUUGUCAUUAUAUUUGGCAUUUAUACAGCACUUUAGAAACAUUAACUAAUCAACCCUCCCCACACUCCUGAGGGAUGGGUUGCUAUUUUCAUCCCUGUAUUAUACAUAUGGCAACUGAGUCACAAAAGAGCACUUUUCAAAGAAGUUGAUAUCAAAGCCAAGAAUAGAUCCCAAGCAUUCCUGGCUACUGGUGGUGUGCUCAUACCAUUAGAUCAAAUCUAACCGGAUCACCAAUGACAGAUUAUAAAUGUGCUUCUUAGAAUGUAGCUUGGGACUGUCUGAAUUUUAAAAAAAAAAUACAGCAUGUACAGAGGUGCAGUUGUUUUCUAAUCCUCAAUAAUUAAUUCCCCAAUUAGGUUGGAGUGCCAUGGCGUUAAGAACAACGCAUUUGGUGUUUGUAUUACAGCUUCUUUGAAGAAAUGUUUUGCUGAUCUCUCAAAGGCUAUUCGAUUGUUCCAAAACUUGUUCCUCCACAUUUUGUCAUAAAGGACAUUGGCAUGUUCAAAAUGAAUAGACUACAUGGUAAUUCUUGCUGUAGGGAUUGCCUUGGGCUCAGUUUGAUGCUGAGCGGUCUCCUAGCUGAGAUGCUGUCAGGCUACCUUUAGGGAUGCAGGUCUAAUUGAGCUGCUCAAGCUGCUUUUGUCAAUCCCAAUAAGUCAAACAACACAUGGAGAAGUCCCAGGACUGAGAAUGUGGUUACUGCAUUUCGUAUUGCUGAUCUAAAACAAACCAGAAAGAAGUGGGAAGACUUUCUCUGAGCACCCUCUCCAGUAUAAUGGCAACACCAGAGAGCGCUGCCUUCCCUGGGAUCCUUAGGAUGACAGCAGUGACCUAGCGCUGAGCAGAGUCAGCGCAGUCCUGGAGCAGUGGAAAACAGGUCUGACCCAUGAGAAAGGAGAUGCUCCUUGUGUCCACCCCUGGGCCCAGAUGAAUCUCUUGUCGAUGGCUGUGGUGGCGGAUCCGGAGCUGAAAUGGAUGAGUCUGUGGCUCCGUGUCAGAUGGGCGGCAGUGCUAAUGGUCCUGGUGGGCUCUCUGUUGGUGCUGUUGCUCCCACUGGCUGCCGUAGAAGAGCAGUGUCAGGCAGUGCUCAAAGGACUCUCCUUCCUGAAAAAUAAAUUGGGAGUAGGCUAUGUAGGGAUUACCAGGUACACAGGGCAGACAACUGGACUCAGCGUGACUUCAGGUAAAUUAGAGCUGCUGGUGCUGAAAUCUAAACCCUCCCCAGAAGUCAAAUUAGAAGCCAAAGCCGCUUUGAAUCAAGCCCUUGAAAUGAAACGGCAGGGGAAGCGGGAGAAAGCCCAUAAACUCUUCAUGUACGCCCUCAAGAUGGAUCCAGAUUAUGUGGAUGCUCUGAAUGAGUUUGGCAUCUUUUCUGAAGAGGAGAAAGACAUCAUUCAAGCAGACUACUUGUACUCCAAAGCACUGACCAUUUCUCCUUGUCAUGAAAAAGCUCUGAUCAAUCGGGACCGAACUCUGCCCCUGGUUGAAGAGAUAGACCAGAGAUACUUUAGCAUUAUUGACAGCAAAGUUAAAAAAGUGAUGUCAAUCCCCAAAGGCAAUUCAGCCCUGCGGCGAGUGAUGGAAGAGUCCUAUUACCACCAUAUUUAUCACACAGUUGCCAUUGAAGGGAACACAUUAACCCUCUCUGAAAUACGGCACAUCAUCGAGACCAGAUAUGCCGUUCCUGGGAAAAGUCUUGUGGAGCAGAAUGAAGUCAUCGGUAUGCAUGCUGCUAUGAAAUACGUAAAUACCACACUGGUAUCCCGAAUAGGCACUGUAACCAUCAGCGACAUUUUGGAGAUACACAGGAGAGUGCUGGGCUAUGUAGACCCAGUGGAAGCUGGGAGGUUUAGGACUACCCAGGUGUUUGUAGGACAUCAUAUCCCACCCCAUCCUCAAGAUGUUGAAAAACAGAUGCAGGAGUUUGUACAGUGGAUCAACUCCGAAGAUGCCAUGAGCUUACACCCUGUGGAAUUUGCUGCCUUAGCCCAUUAUAAACUGGUAUAUAUACACCCAUUUGUAGAUGGCAAUGGAAGGACCUCGCGCCUGUUAAUGAAUCUCAUACUCAUGCAGGCAGGCUACCCACCCAUCACAAUCCGUAAGGAGCAACGGGCAGAGUAUUAUCAUGUCUUAGAAGCAGCCAAUGAAGGAGAUGUGAGACCUUUCAUACGCUUCAUUGCAAAAUGUACUGAGACCACGUUAGAUAUGCUGCUUAUUGCCACAACUGAAUAUUCAGUGGGUUUACCUGAGGCUGACGGCAGCACUGCUAGAUACAAGCAAACGAUUCCAGUCAAAACGUGACUGUUCUGACGAUCCAACGACUAACUGAAUGUGUGGAGUAAUAAAGCUUCUCAACAUUCCUGUUGAGAAACAACUCCACCAGAGGAGAAAAUCACUCUUAGCAUUUCAUUUAUUUAAAGAAUAGUAAAUUAAUAUACUUUUUUAUCUCCAUUAUCCUUAUGCCAAGCUAAACUGUGAAGCGUUAGUGUUGAACGUGCACUAGGUCCAGCUUGUGUUACUGGAGGGGAAAGGAGAGAGAAAUCCAAAGUGAGGCCAAUUUGCAAGUGUGAUCCAGGCUGUAGUAAAACUGAUUGAAUUACUUUCUACAAUCCUGUAUGAGAUGGCUUCUUAAAGCCAACACCUUGUAAUUGCCUCAAGGCCAAGUCUAUCUUAAUGUGUAUCGUACAGGGAAGGCACGAGCACCCUUUCUAAAAGUAACAAGGUGGGGGCUAGUAUUUUAUUGUAUUGCUACCAUUGUCUUAUUUCGCUUUCCAACAAAACCCCUUCAGCCAGUGUUGUAGCACUUUAUUUAAAAGCUCUUUAGCGGAAUUAUUUUACAAUUGUCCAAAGGCUCAAGAUCUCCUUUCCUCCCUCACCCCACUGUAAUGUGCCAUACUGCUCUCUUGGUAGCUAAUCUACUUUUGUUAAAGGUAACAUCUAAAACUAGGGUUGUUGUUUUUUUUUUUAAACUUUGUAUGUGCUGCCAUACUUUGUAUGGUGUCCGUUCCCUCUAGUUGGGUGAGUUUUAUGCAGCAACUGGGGUGGGGAUUUUUUAAAGUUGGUUUGAGACCACUGUCCAGGGGAUUCAGGAGCAACUGAACAACCCAUCCUUCCAAAUUUAAUUCAACUGGAUUGCAAAUUGAUUUCUUCUAUUGUGUAUAAGGGUCCUAUACUGCCUCCUGUAGCUUAGUAAGGAUAAUAGCUUACCUAAUUCGGUAAGCAGAAGUUGUCAUGCCAUAGAAAGUGCCUCUUGCAAUGAACACUCCAGUUACAUGUUUGAAAAUAGGUAGCUUCUGCAAAACCAUGGGAAGUAGGUGUUCCUAUACAUAAUAGGAUUCAAGAUCCAACCCCACCAUGUCAGUAGAGAUAGCAAAUUUGUAUACUAGAUACUCUACAGCCCAGUUAAUGCAUUUUCAUCUUCAAAUGGUACAAGAGGCUACUAGCCCCAACUGAUGGCUUUAACAAUUUCUAGAUUUCCUGACUGCUAAUGUGGUUGAGCUAUAUGUCAUCUCAACAGUAUGGAGAAGGCCACUUUCUGAUGCUAUAAUUUUGCAAGUACUCAGAAGCACAUCACACACAAUUUCUUGCAUGUAGGCUCCAGUAAAUUCUAAUACUAGAGUCCAGUUACUGUUUGUGUAAGUUGGCAAUAUCUAAUGAAACAAUGUCAGUAUAUGGCCAUGUUCUCAUUCCUGCUCUUGCUUUGAUAAAAAAGCAUUUGAAGCUUAUUAUAAACAGUAGCCCCUCAGACCCCUUGCUUGCUAGUUAGGUGAUAGUAUGACAAAAAACUGUAGCAAACUGAAAAUAUAACAGCCCAAUGCAUCCUAGUUGGAUUACCUACAACAGCAUCCUGAAUCUGAGAAUGCAAUAAGAUCUUUCCGUAGCUCACUAAUUGAUGGGUAUCAUACAGCCACUCCAUUUCUGAAAUCACAAGUAGCAGCUUGUAAUUGUUAUGCUGCCUAGUUGUUUACUAUACACAAUAAUUUCCCCCACCCUCUGACAAAUAUCAUUUCUCACUUAAAGGCCUGACAUGAAUCCUAUUUAAUAGCAAGUUUCAUAAUAAAACCAGGAGACCAAUAAAGUAUCAAGAUACGAUGUUGCCUGUUAGUAUGUGCUGGCUCAUGUUCAUGUCAUGUAUCAUGACUCAGUGUACUAGACGUCACUGACUGGGAUAAUAAACAAUGGGAAUUGUUUUUAAAAGCAUGCUUAUUUUUGUAGUACAAGAUGUGUAUACAGAUCCUGCACUUUAGCUAUUUGUGGAAAAUGUUAUUUUAGUAACAGAUUAAUAAAGUAUUUUACUAUGUAAA